GCUCUUUUCUUGUGCGCCUCACAUUCGGUGCUGCUGCCUGCGACGCGCUGAGUGCGGAGCGACGAGACGCGUUGCAUACCAACAGAGACAUACGGAGCAGGCAGUUUUUUUUCUGGUCAGGACGCACGGACCCCAUCCCCAAAAUAACACAUCUAUGCCAAGUCACACUUUACAUGCUACCUUUACUUCACCUGCGUUUGCAAAAAAUAUUUAUGCCGCUCUCCAAGGUGCUGUGAGCCAAACUAAGUGUCUGGGAUAUUUGUUUUUUUCCCCCUUCCUGCUGUAAUAUUUUGUUUUGCUUGAGAGAUUCUGCACCGGAGAAGAUCAAGCAGCCCUGCCUGUCUCUCUCUCCGACGGGAGUCACCAUAAGGAAAAAGUCAAGACAGAUGUUUUCAUCCACUCACAUGUAGAAGCGUUGGACUACUGCUGAUCACAAUCUGGGUCGUUUUUUUUCUUCGUCUUCUUUUCUAAUAAACAGAUUCACCGCAGCGGUGCGUUAAGGGAGGAAUACAGAGGCAUUUGGCUGCAAAAACAAGCAGAAAAUCAAUCACAACUCCAUCAUGGGCUGCCCCCUCUUGCGGAACGCGUUUGCUGGUCUGGUACUGGUUCUGCUGUCGAAAGGGUCCUGUGUGCACGGAGCAGAAUUCGGACACCUGCCGGACAACAUUACAGUGUUGGAAGGCGAAAGCGUCACUUUGAGGUGUCGGAUUGACGAGGAGGUGACCCACAAGGCUUGGCUGAACCGCUCGAAUAUCCUCUUCACGGGGACAGAUAAGUGGUCGCUGGACAAGCGUGUGACACUGGUCAACAGCAACAACAGCGACUUCUCCAUCCACAUCGACAAAGUGCAAAUAGCCGACGAAGGGCCCUACACCUGCACCUUCCAGGCCAAUAACAAGCCGCGCAUUGCCCAUGUCUACCUCAUCGUCCAAGUGCCGGCCAGAAUCGUCAACAUCUCAAAAAACGUCUCCGUGAACGAAGGAGAGAAUGUAAACCUCUACUGUCUGGCAGUCGGCCGGCCUGAGCCCACUGUCACCUGGAAAGACCAGAAAUAUGGGCUGGUGAGUGAGGGGGAGUUCCUAGACAUCACGGAGAUCAAGAGACAACAGGCCGAGGACUACGAAUGCAUCACCAACAAUGGCGUGGCUCCGCCCGACCAGCGCAAGGUCAAAGUCACAGUCAAUUAUCCUCCCAUGAUCACAGACAUGAAGAACAUGCCAGCGCAUUUGGGGAAGACAGCCAUCAUGCGUUGUGAAGCCAUGGCAGUCCCACCAGCCUCCUUUGAGUGGUACAGAGAUGACCAUAGACUGGUAGAGAGUGACAACACCCUAAGGAUCAAAAACGAGAAGACGCGUUCUCUGUUACUGUUCACCAAUGUGACAGAGAAACAUUUUGGCAACUACACUUGCUUUGCCUCGAACCGUCUGGGGGCUUCCAACGCCAGUAUGCUGCUGUUUCGACCGGGGGCUCUACAGGGGCGAGGGAGCGGUUUACAUGCAGGGAUGAGCGUCAGCAUGUGUGCUUGGGUUUCCCUCUCCGCCGUCCUCCUGCUGAAGGUGUAACGAUCAAACUCCACCUGGGAAUUGUCCUUAAUCGUCCCUGAAAGCCCCCCCACCCGCCUCUACCCUCGCCCAUCCGCGCCCCCCCCCCCCCCCCCCACGGAAGGAAAAAAAAAACGGAAAUGAAAUUCUUUAAUUACGAACCCAUCACUGUGAACAAAAAGAAUAUGCAUUAUGCCAGGAGCCAUUGAAUCAUUGCAUUAAACACACGACUGCCCCCCACACCUGCCCCCACCCUAAAACCCCAGCACCCUCAAUUCAAUUUUGAGGUCAACUCACUGUCAUUACUUUUUCUUAUUUUUCUCUCUCUCGCUCACACACAGCCUGUCUCUCUCUCUUUUUUUUUUUUGUCUCCCACAAUGCCUUGCAGAUCUGUCUGACUUGGUACUUUCCCCCCUCUCCCCUUUGUUUUCCCCCAUUAUUACCACUGGACUGAUGUUAAUACAGAGUGUAUAUUAAUGCUAAUUGUCUCGGUGAUCAGUGAGAAAAUAGAUAAUCUAACAAGUGGAUGAUCAUUCAUGUAAUAUACUGCAUAGACUGCUGACUGACCUACAAUGUUUGCCUUAUGGAAAUUAUACAUAAAAUCACAUUAUUGUGGUGGAUAUUUAUGGAAAUGAUAGUUACAAUGUGGUACUGGUGGUCAUGUCACCUUUUGAAAAUUCGUCCAAUCGGUGGCCGUGUCUGGUGCCACCGUUCGAUCACACACACAUCAACACACACACACAUGUACACGUGUAUGGCUUUUUGAUUUUACCUGUGUAGCAGUGAAGCUGCUAUGAAUGAUGUCAAAAUGUAUAAAAGAAAAAAAAAGGGUGGGUGGUGACGGCAUCAGUCUUAACUACCCCUUUAUGUAAUUUGGGGGGUUUAUACUAAGGUUUCGCAUGUAGACUCCCUCACUACCCAAACCUUUUUAGCCAAUCCCCUUUGCCCCUCUGUUCAACGUGCUCUGUCUAGUCGCCCCUGGCAUCGCUAUAGUGUUCUCUGCUCUGUGUCACCCCACCCCCCUCUCCAACGCCACCGCUCCUCGCCCCUUCCUCCCCCAGUGUAAAUAUAUGCAGUACGGAGGCCACGCCGGUGACUUCUGGUUGCCUCGCACCGAACAACAUCUCACAUAAAGCCUCGACUUCGCUCCAGUCUUCUGAAGCAGCAAGAGACUGUCCACUGACAACGAUAUCUUCUGUUUCAAAGCUGCGGCUCCAUCCUCUUUGUCGCUUGUUGAUAGCAUGUACUGGUUAGAGAUGUUCCUGUUGUGAGUUCAUACCUCCCGCCACACUCUUCUCCUUUCUCCUCCCUCCCUCCCUCCCUCCCUGCACUGUGUCUGUUUUACCCUGCAAGGUUACCUGCUUUUACUUUUUUGGUGUUAAUAAUACUACCGAUGAUGAUGACGAUGAUGAUGAUGACAAUGAUGUUAAUAAGUAUUUGAAUAACUAUGAAUAGUAAUUCCAUGUGAGAGGAAAAAAAAAGAACAAAAUCCGAUGGUUAAGAGCCGUGCGUGGGGGGAAAAUAGUUUUUUGUACUUUACUCACACACAUUGAAUGACGACAAUGACAAAAAAACAAACAAAACAAACAAAAAAAAGGUGUAAAGUUUUCGAAGUGAUGUGCUCUAUUUUGCCAUGACAAGCUUUUUAAAAACACAUUUGAAACAGUCCGAGGGAUCAUUUCAUCCAAUUCCUGGAAGCGGAGAAAUGGAUGAUGUAAUUUAUAAUUUGUAACAGUUUAUGUAUUUGACUUUUUUGUCACGCUGUUAACUGCAUCACACACAUUUACAGCACAUUUGUCCACUUGUCAUAGUGUGUCUUUCUCUCGACCAGCUAGAUAAAUGAUUUGGAUCCAUGUCAGUCUCCGGUCGUGGCUGUAAGUCAGUUCUUGUUCUGCCAGACUGCAGGGAGAUAAAGAUGUAAUUAGCCAUUACCUGUGGCUUGGCUAAGUGAAGGAGCCCGGGCUCCACCUGUCCUUCCUGCCGCCCAGUUAUGGCCCCCAUAAAUCAAGCUCAAUCCUGCCACUGACAGGAAUCCUCUUCAAGGACAACCUCGCCUCGGUGCACCAGUACUCCCUCCAAAUGUGUACCUGUGACAUGCAGGCAUGGGCACUACAAAACCCCCCAUGGCACAAUUAUCCAGUCCCUUUCCCCCACACAGCACAAACAGUGGGAGGCAAGCCCGUACUUUACUACCGUGGCACUCGUUUCUCCUCUAAAACACUGUUCCACUCACAUGCAGCAACUAUAUGCAAAUUUGCCAUAACGAGCCUGCAUGGAGAGAUGAGUUUACCCCAGCUGCACCCUGACUACUGCGACCUGAAUGGGGAAUUACUCAAUAUUCAAUCAGAUGUCUGAAUGUGUUUUUUUGUUUGUUUCGAACCAGCAAUAACCCCUUCUUCUACUGUGCAAGAGAUAUCAGUCAUGGUUAAAGCUGUGGUGUAAAUUUAAAAAAAUCUACCAUUAACAAGGUAUAUCAAAUACGUCUGUUGUUGUACUUUUAUUGUGUACAGUACUCUGAAAUGAUUGUGAAGCUCUGUUUAAAUGGCCCUUAAUCUAAGACACUACAUGUUGUACUCAAGAAGUCUUGCCCUCUGCAAUGUAUUUGGAUCGUCCGUAUGACAGAACUCACGUUGUGCAUGCGUCUUGUUGCUCCGAAAACGACGAUGGAUUCCAUUUCAAGCACAAGAGCAGGUCGCUUGGUCAGUGCUUCUUUUCUUCUGUCUCAGAUAACUUUUCAUCCUCUGACUAUUUCUGUCUUUUAUGCCAUUUUUUUCCCUUUUCUGUUUGUCACUCACAUACUGUUCUAUGUCGGCGUCCCACUGGGUUUUUCAGUGGCAUAUAACAUCUGUAUGUACAUAAUCUGUCCUUGAUGAAGAAAAAAAUAUCAAAAAAACAGAAGAUAAAAACAAAAAAUACAGACAAAAAAAAAAUAACAUACUGUCAUGUUUCUCGGUGUGGGUUUGAAAACAGCACGUCAGUAUUCGUGUGUGGGUGGAUUUUGAAAAAAAAAAAAACAACAAA